AUGAUUUUCACGUCGUUUUUCACGGUAAGUGGAGGAUCUUAUGGCUCUGAAGUAGUUCUUCCAGUAAUUGGAUUGAGGUAUUUCACUUUCAUUCAGAUAUGUAUUUGUUUUUUUUACGCAAUCCCCUUGAUUUUGAUCUAUGAACUGCUAAACAAAUCAUUCCCUCCAAAUUCAGGUCCGAAGAGCUGGUGCGAAAGUAUUUUUGAUCCUUUUUUUGCUUCCUUUCUGGAUUUAAUUUACAUUUUUAUGGAAAUAGGUAUGCUCUCCUCAUACGUUGGCGUAGCAUCAGCAUAUGUACAUUCUUUUUCAAGGUCUUUAAGAUACGGUGCUUUUUCCGCUAACAGUCAGCUAACUAUCUCGGUAAUAGUUUUCCUGCUAAUAAUUGCAAUAUCACUGCUUUUGACGUACUUUGACGAUUACAUUAUAUGGAUGUUUACUAUUGUUGUUGCGCCUUUAAUAAUUAUGGUCAUUUUCACUUUUUGGUCAAUUCCAAUUAAAUCGUGGGGAACAAUUCCAGACUUACCUGAGAAAAACCAGUUAAAUUGGAUUGUUGGACUUCAGUAUGUGAUGUGGCUAAAUUGUGGUUAUGAAAGAUCUUUUUCGCCUAAUUUAAAAACUUCUAAGGCUCAAUUAACAAAUGAUAGGGACUUUAAGUUUUGCUUAAUUGCAAAUGUAGUUCUUGUUUCUAUUUUGUAUAUCCUUCCUCUUUGGUGUGGAUGCUGUAUUCUGAACCAUUUUAACAAGGAUAGCCGAUCAUUUCAGCUUGGUAAUUUUUUUACACUAUCAGGAUUCUUGGUAGGGGGAAAUAUUUUGUCGAGCUUGAUUACCAUUUCUGCUUGUUUCUCAUCGAUUGGGUGCAUUACUUCAGAUGUAGGAUUGGUUUUACAGUUUCUUAUUGCACAGUGGUGUAGAAUUAAAAAUAUUCAAAAUUAUAGACUAUCAUUUCUCCAAGAAACUCUCAUUUCUUUGGGAAUUGUUAUGUUUUGUUCAUUUUUAACAAUGUUAAUUAACCAAGAACAUUUUGCUGCUGGUGCUUCAACUUUAUAUGGAUUCAUUACCUUGAUUACAGUUAUUGCAUAUCUCAAAUUUCUUUGGACAAUUGACACAAAAGAGACUUUUCCAGACUCAGAAUUCCUUCUUAAUAAUAAAAAUAUUACCAAGCCUUCACAUUUUUUAUUAUUAAACUCAUUAUACUACAGUAAACUACCUCUCAGAGUUAAGCAAGUUUUACAUUCUACACUUGCAAUCCCAACCAUAUUUUUCACCCUCAUUAUAUUCUUUACAACCUCUUCUAUCCUAUACCUAGCUAUUAUUUUAGUAGCACUCCUAGUUACUCCUAUAUUUGUUCCUAAAAAUUGCAAAAGUCAAAACUCCAAGAACCAUAAAAUUGAAACGUCAAGAAAGUUCCCGGCAGUUUUGAACAUAUUAUAG